AUGGCGCAGGGGUAUUAUCCCGAUAAGCGUGGCCGUAUUCUGAUGUUGGAUAUGAAUGACCCUUCACCAACAGUUACAGAGGCACAGAUUACAGGGGCCAGUUUAGACAGGGAUAAUUUUAACCCCCACGGCCUGAGCUCUUGGACUAACCCACACACACGAGAGAUAACUCUGAUGGUGAUCAACCAUUUCCCUGGCCAGGAGCGAGUGGAGGUGUUUCGGUACAACCGGAAAUCAAGAUCUCUAGAGCAUAAAAAAUCAGUGACAAACCAGUUACGGGGAAUUUUGAAUGACUUGGUGAUGACGGGAGAAGAUACGUUCUACGUUACAAUGAUAGCGUACUUUAACCAUCCCUUACUGACAUGGCUCGAAGAAAGUCUCCUUCUGUCACUGGGGGAGAUCCUCUUCUAUGAUGGCGUCGGUAUCCGCAGCGUCGCAGGAGGUCUACACAUGCCAAAUGGUAUCAAUACGUCUCCAGACGGGAA